AUGCAUGGGAAUGAGACCUUAGUCAGUGAUUUCAUCCUUGUGGGACUCUUUCCUGAAUUUCGGCAUUCCACUGUUCUCAACUCCAUAAUCAUCUUUAUCUACAUCCUUGCCUUCUUGGGAAACAUACUUUUGAUUGUCUUGAUUUGCAGUGACUCUCGGUUCCAUACACCCAUGUACAUUCUCCUCAGUCAACUUUCCAUCAUUGACUUGACAUUAACUUCCACCAUUGUCCCAAAGAUGGCCUCAAACUUUUUUUCAGGGAAAAGGAGCAUAUCAUGGAUUGGCUGUGGAACACAAAGUUUCUUUUUUCUGAUGUUGGGAAUGUCAGAAUGCCUCAUCUUGACUCUCAUGGCUUAUGAUCGUUAUGUGGCUGUCUGUAACCCAUUGCGUUAUCCCACCAUCAUGAGUACCAGGAUCUGUCUGCACAUGAUUGCUGGGUGUUGGAUUGGAGGAUCUUCAAGUUCAUUUAUUCACACAGUAUAUCCGAUGCAUUUUCCCAUCUGUGGGUCAAGGGAAAUCCAACACUUCUUUUGUGAGGUCCCAGUCCUCAUUAAGCUCUCCUGUGAAGACACUUCAGUGUAUCAGUUAGUGGUGGUAGUGACAAGCAUUAUACUGCUUGUUGUCCCUUUUAGUCUCAUCACAACUUCCUAUACUUUUAUCUUCAUUACUGUUUUCCAUAUGAAUUCUGUUAAGGGCAGAAGGAAAGUUCUGGCCACCUGCUCUUCCCAUCUAAUAGUGGUGAGUCUUUUCUUUGGCCCAAAUAUAUUCAUCUACAUGACUUUUACUUCUUCUCAUAGUCCACAGCAGGACCAGGCACUUUCUGUUUUCAGCAAUAUCCUCACUCCCAUGCUGAACCCCAUAAUCUACAGCCUGAGAAACAAAGAGGUGGUGGCAGCUCUCAGGAAGCUCUCUGGGAGAUGUGUGAUAUUGUAG